AUGCAGCACCCCAAACCCUUCUAUGCAUCUGCGGCUCCCCAAGAAGGCUUCGGGCCCCGGGGCCUGGAGGGUAUAGAGGGGACGGGCAGCCAGCCUGCACCCGCCUGCGCUCAGCCACCUCCCGCCGUGGGCUCCUCGACCCUUUACCACCCCCCAAACCCAGAGAAAGAGGUGUUUCCAGCCCCCCCUGCAGGUUUCCAGAUGGCCCCCUGCGGGUGCUUUUUUGACCCUCGGAUCUAUCGGAUCGAGUGGGCCACCACCGACUUCGGCCAGUCGUCCCUGUACAAGCUGGUGGCAGCAGGUGGUGUGGGGCCUGCGGGGGUCCCUGCUGGGGGCCCUGUGUCACCAGGCAGCUACCUGCUGGAGCCCCAGCACUACCUCAAGGCCCCGGGGCCGCCCCCGCCGCCCUCAUACCCCCACUACCAGCCGGCACCUGGCGGGGCCCAGUACUUCCUGCCCUACUUCCUGCCCGAGGAGCCCGGACCAGAGGCUCUGGGCUUUGUGGGGGACGGGGGGCCGCCCGCCUUUGUGGAGCUGCCCCCGCCGCCCCCCAAGGAGAACAAGCCAGCCCCCGUCGUCAUUGCGCUGCCCGCCGAGCCUGCGCUACCACCCAGAGCCUACGGCCACCUCAGGGGCAGCCUCAGCCAGUUCCCCGGGCCCGAGGCCGCCUUCCCUGCCAAGGAGCUGCUGCACCCGCCCGGCCCAGGCGAGCCCGAGGCGGCCGAGGCCCAGGAAGCGGCCCCGCUGGGGGCAGGCGAGGUCAAGGCCCCCGAGGCGGCCAGAGCCUUCUCGAUGCCCGACAACGUGCUGCUGGAAGACGCCAUGAAGCUCUUCGACUGCCUGCCGGGUGGCGCUGAGCCCGAGGGUGUCCCCUGCAAGGGCCCUGGGCCUGCCCUGCCGGACAGCGGCGGCGGCGGUGACGACUCCACCAGCGACAUCCGCUCGCUGCACCUGCCCGACGAGCUGCUGUCCUUCGACUACAGCAUCCCUGAGAUCCUGGACACUGUGUCCAACGUGGACUGCUUCUUCAACUUCAGGGCACUGGACGACGACGAGCCGCUGCCCCGCCCGGGGACCCCCACGGUGGACGCCGCCACCCCCAUCCUGCCCGGCAAGAGAAAGGCGGGCUCCUCGGCCACCAAGAAGGGCAGGCCGGGAGGGAAGGGCAAGCAGCCUGCGGGCUCCGCCAGCACCGUCCCUCCAGGGCCCAGACAGGACCUGGGCACUGCCCCCCAUUAAAGCACGUUUGGUCUCUCA